AUGAGCCUGAAAUUCGCCAGAUUGUUCUCGUCGCAGGCCCGGAGCCUAGGCGUGUGGACGGACGCCGCCAGCCGGCCGGGCAGCUUGAGAAUCGCGGACGAGGCCGUGCGCCAGGGCGUGUUGCACGGCAUCCCGGCCUCAGGCCCCAAACUGAUUGCCCACCAGGGCCAGCGCGAGACAUACCACUCGCCCGUGGCCAUCGACGAGGUGUUUGCCGGCGCGUACGAGAUUUUGGAGCAGGAGGCCGCGCAGAAGUACCGGGCGUUGGAGGCCUCGGGGGCUCAGAUGUCGGCCAAAGACGUGGAGAACACACUUGCCGCCGCCGAGCAGCACAACCCGGAGGUGCUCUACAACGCCCGCUUCCAGACAGACAACGUGGACCGCGCGCACCCCGUGUACCGGCGGUUCUUGCGGCAGAAGUGGCAGCUGCACGACUUGAUGGUGACCAUGCAGCGGUUGGAGCAGCACCACGUGAUCCCGGACACCUUGCCCACCGUGGAGCCCUGCGCGGACGUGCGCGUCAAGUUCGGCCACAACGAGGACCCGGAGUUCGCCGACUGGGUCGUGCCCGGCACCAAGUUGCCGGCGCUGGCCGUGGCCCGCCCGCCCACCGUCCAGGUCCAGGAGUUCGAGACCGCCGCGGAUUCCUGCGGCUUGUACUGCGUGCUCUUGGUCAACCCGGACGUGCCCGACGUGGCCGCCAACUCGUUCCGCACCUCCUUGAACUUCGGCUUGCACAACGUGCCGCUCACGUUCACGGACAACACCAUCGGCCCGGCCACGCUCCUCGCACACCCCGCGUACGUCUUCCAGCAGUACGAGCCGUUGGUGCCGGAGAGGAACGCGCCGGUGCAGAGGGCUUGCUUGUGGGUGUUCAGGCAGACCAAGGCCUUGGAGCGCGUGGACUUCUCGCGCGACGCCUUCGACAUCCGCGCGUUCGUGGCCGACCACGGGCUCCAGCCUAUCGGCGCCCACGUGUGGCGGCAGGAGUUCGACCGCAGCGUGGAGGCCGUGAGGAAGCAGCACGGGCUCCCCGCGGGCCGCGUGUUCGACCCGGUGCGUGGCUCCGAGCCACUUGUGUAA